AGAGAGAGAGAGAGAGAGAAGGUAGGAGAGGGAGGAUAAAGAGUGGAGAGUGUGAGAAAGCAAAAGGCAAUUUCAUGCUGAAGCUAACAGUAAGGUUCGGUGUUUAAAAAAGGAAGGAGAGAGAAAUGUGGCUUAAAUUUGGAAACAGACAACAACACAGCUCCUCAAUCCUCUAGAGACAUGGUGAACACCGGUAACUGCGUCGUAUCAGACCCAGCAGGAAAAAAAAUCAGAAUGAUCGAAGAUGACAAAUUGCAACUGAAGCUCACGUAAAGUAUUGCUUUUUUAUCCAUGUGACUCAUCAAGAACUGCAGGAAGGAUAUCGAUAGAAUUCACCUGAUGUAACAUACAUGGAACAUUACAAGACCUGAGAUACCCAAAUACUGCCCAGAUCUGUCUCACAUCAGCCGGAGCCCUUUCUGAAAGUCAGAGUAAAAAUGCUGAAGCAGCAUGGGAUGUGUAGUUGAGAACACCGAUUUGCCUCCUGGAUGUCAGAACCCCAGGAGCAAAUGAGCAGCAUAGCAUACAGAGGCAGCACCAGUUUGCUCCAGGGCCAGCGUUUCUACUGCCGGGAAUGGGCCCUGGACAAACUGAGGCGCUGCCUGGACGCCCACUCCGUGUCUGGCCAAGCACCGGGGGUGCUGGUGACAGGCGGGGCCGGUGCUGGUAAGACCGCUCUGUGCACUGAAGUGGUAUGGCCCACCUCACAGGCAGGCCUGGCUGCAGGGCUGUCACAGCGCUGCCUGGCUUUCCACUUCUGCCACAGGGAGGACCAAAGGAGUACGGUGCCAUGGAAGUUCGUCCUGGGCUUGGUGGAACAGCUGAGGGCCUCCCCUCUCCUCCCUCCUGGAUAUGAGGAGAUCCUCAAAAGACUAUCUGUGUCUUCUGCUUUGGAGCCUCUCAACUGUCAAAAAGACCCUGAAGACACCUUCAAGAGAGCAGUGUUGGAACCUCUGUUAGACCUCCCUCCUCCUGCCCAGACUCUGAUGGUAGUGGUAGAUGCCCUGGAUGUUCACUGUGUGCCAGGUGAAAGAGUCAGGAAGAGUGGCUCGAUUGCAGAACUCUUGGCUACCAAUCAGCAUCUCCUGCCCAGCUGGUUGCUGCUGGUCUGCUCCAUCCGCCGCCAAAACAAAGAUGUGUGCAAGAUGUUUUCAAACUUCCGCAGACUCUGCCUGGAUGAUCUACGGAAGCCACCAACAGUCCGUGAUGUUCAGCAAUACAUCCUCUGUCGUCUGGAUGAAGAAGCAGCACUGCGACGUCAGCUCACCCCUGACACAGCAGAUAUGCUCAAUCUCCUGCACAUCAAGAGUGGGGGCUGCUUUCUCUUUCUCCAGCGAGUGUUGGAUGGUUUGGCAGCUGGGCUUGUGGGUCUGCGAGAGAUUAGAGACAUCCCUGGGACCCUCAAUGGACUCUACCUUUGGCUCUGCCAGAGACUGUUCCCUCGGGGCCUCUUUGUCUAUGUCAGACCUCUCCUCAAUGUGCUUUUGGCUGCUCAAAGUCCACUCACAACUCAGCAACUAUUUACAGCAGCCUGGACUCAGGACACCACUCUCAGCAUCCAGGACUUCCAGAUAAAGCUUCGUACACUGUCUCCCCUUUUGAUUGAUGGCCCUGAGGGCACCAAACUACUUUUUCAUGCCAGCUUUACAGAGUGGCUGACUGAUGUUAAGUACUGCACCCAGAAGUACCUCUGCAACAGGACUGAGGGUCACAGCAUGCUCGCCAUGUCAUUGACUCUACAAGGACCCCACCUGGACCCUGAGGGCACAUGUCAGUUAGCCACACACUUAGUUUGCUCAGGUCAUCAUAAAGAAAACCCCUCAUUAUUGGCCCUCUGGAUGCUGUGGACAGGCCUGCCUCCUCUUACUCCCAGCUGCAGUGAAACCCUCACCGGUUCUUUAGCUCAGCUUCCUCCUUUGGUCAGUCAGGAAGUCCCACAGCUGUUAAUGAACAGUGGACUUCUUUCACCAGGCUGUUUUUCCAACAAGAACGCCAGUGUUGGAAUGCACUGUGCAGCUGAGAAAGCAGAUACAUUACACACACUGGAGAUGGAGAUGUCUAUAAAGAAGCUGCUAGAAAGUGGGGACUCUGUAAACCAGCUUGAAACUUCUGGACAGACCUUGCUUGCUAGAGCAGCUCAUGAGGGUUAUGCAAAUGUAGCUAAAUUUCUCUUAGCACAUGAUUCUGACCCACUCAUAAGUGAUGAUCAUGGGCAAACUCCUCUGACCCUGGCUUCCAGACAGGGUCACGUGAAAAUGCUGUCUGUUUUAUUAGAAUGGACCAAAAGCCAGAGCACAGAGAUCACAGUGUCAAUGAUGGAGCAUGUUGACAAUGAAGGUUGGACAGCACUACGUUCUGCAGCUUGGGGAGGACAUUGUGAGGCUGUCCGCUUACUUCUGGAUGCAGGUGCGGAUGUAAAUGGAUGCGACAGCGAUGGCCGUACUGCUCUCAGAGCUGCCGCAUGGGGCGGUCAUGAGGAAAUUGUCCUCACCCUGCUGGACCAUGGGGCACAAAUUAAUAAACCUGACAGCAAGGGUCGAACGCCACUUAUUGCAGCUGCCUUCAUGGGGCAUCAUGAAACCGUGGAAAUAUUGCUGAAUCACAAUGCAGAAGUCAACCUAGCUGAUGGAGAUGGACGAACUGCUCUGUCAGUUGCUGCUCUGUGUGUCCCGACAGCUGCAGCGAUCAAAGGUUACGGAGAGGUAGCAAGUCUGUUACUUGAACAUGGAGCAGAUCCAGGGCACCGAGACCAUGAUGGAAUGAUGCCACUGCUUCUAGCUGCCUAUGAAGGCCAUGAAGAUGUCGUUGAGCUUUUACUAGAAGCUGGUGCUGAUGUAGAUGAAUCUGCUGGUAGCAUUUCUGCUGCAGCUGCUGUCACACCCUUGUUGGCAGCUGCAGCCAUGGGUCACAUGAACACAGUGUCCAGGCUGCUCUUCUGGGGUGCAGAUGUGGAUGCCAUUGACUGUGAAGGCAGGACAGCACUUUGCCUAGCAUCAGCAAGGGGCAGCUUGGAAGUAGUUCGUGCCUUACUGGACCGAGGGCUGGAUGAGAACCACAAGGACGACCUCGGCUGGACCCCACUACAUGCUGCCGCCUGUGAGGGCCACUGUGCUGUAUGUGCUGCUUUGACAGAUCAAGGGAGCAUGGCACGUGUAGGAGAGAUGGACAUAGAAGGACGCACCCCUCUUAUACUGGCUGCCCAAGAAGGUCAUCUGAGCACUGUCAAACUACUGCUCGACAGACGUUCUCCUAUUGACCACAGGGCAUAUGAUGGACAUUCUGCAUUGAGUGCCGCUUUUUUGGAGGGCCAUACUGAGGUUGGAGAGCUGCUCAUGAAGCGAGGAGCUGAUACGGAUGUCCGGGAUGCAGAGGGUCGACCUCUGCUCUACCUUCUGGUGCUUGAAGGUCGCCUUCAUAUGGCCACCCUUGUCAUAGAAAAAGGAGGUGUGCCAUUGGAGUCUCGGGACUCUGAUGGCCGCACAGCACUUCAUGUGGCUUCCUGGCAGGGAUGUGUGGAGAUUGUAGACUUGCUUUUAAAACAUGGGGCAAACCCUAAUGCGCAAGACACUGAAGGGAGACCGCCAAUGCAUUCUGUGGCCUGGACAGGACACAAUAAAGUAGGACAUCGUCUCCUGGCAGCAAACAGUGUAAAUAUAGAUCUUGCCUGCCAUCAGGGGGCAACGGCUCUGAGCAUUGCAGCUCAAGAAGGACAUGUUAACAUUGUGAAAAUGCUUCUAGAAAAAGGUGCAAAUCCCAAUCAUAUAGAUAAAUAUGGACGCAGUCCAGUCAAAGUGGCUGGAAAACAUGGACAUGCUACAGUCGUACGGCUCUUGGAGAGCUAUGGAGCUAAGCCAUACAUGGGCCUGUUGCCUAAUUCUAUUGCUGUAUCCCCUUCAAAACCCAACAAGAUCCUCUUGUCGGGAAUAUUGGAGAGUAAUGGAGUCGAUGUGACAGCCACUACCUCCUCCUCUUCAGGAUCUUCUCCUGGCUCCACUGGAGAAAGAUUCCACUCCAUGCAAAGCUCCCAGACCUCAUCUACCUGCCAUUCACUUGCUACCGUGCAGACAGUAGCAGCUGACAGUCUCAGUUUUAUCCAGCAAAUCCAACAACAUUCACUGCCUCGCAGUCGCAGCCGACCCUCUACCCUCCCUCCACCAGGGAGCUCAGGUUUGGGAAGCCUCCAUGGAAGUAGCCAAAGGCGUCCAAAAUGCAUUCCUCCUCCUACUGUUUGCACAGUUACAGCAUUGGUACACAACUGUGAACUCCCUCAGAAAGGUUUGUCUUCUGGGCUUGAAUACCAUGACAAAAAGAAUAAACAAAGCUCAAACUUGAUUAAAGCAGAAAAGGCUGCCGUUGGUAAAUGGAACUCAGUCAUGGCUUCUCUUGGUAUAAUGCCAAGCCAAGACAGCCCUCUCAGUGCCAAAAACAGAGAGAUUCCUUCAUUGGACUACCCGUACAGGCUGCAGAGCCCAUCUCAAGUGGAAGCUUGGGAUUCCCUAACCCAGAACAUUUUAUCACCUGUUUGUUACAGUGUUAGACCAACCCCAUCUUUCAGUGCCUUGACAGAAGAUCUUAUGGUCACUACAGACCCACACCUUAAUCUCAAACAAGCCAUCAAACUACAAUUUGAGGGCCCCACCAGUGCAGCCUUAUGCAAGAGAGAGACACCCCUGUAACCAGGCAGUGAGAUAGACUACUCAAGCUUGGUCUUUCUUCACAAAACUUCCUUUAUUUAAGUUAGAGAUCAACAGUUGAAAUGAUAAAUAAACAUAUAUUUCAGGUGAAGAUCUUUGUGGUUCAAAGAGAAGACGUCUGAACUUACUGGAUUCGGAUACAAGGACAUGGAGUCCCCUUUUUCCACCACCUUCACAAAACCUGGGAAAGACCAGGCUAUUUGACAAAAGACAUAUAUCUGCAUAUAUUUUGCUUAGCAAAGCUUUUUUUUCAAACUAUCAUAACUAAGUGUUUUUGUUUUUUCACUUUAAACACAUUUUGUCAAUUUAGUUUAAUUUAUUUUUUCCUUCAAAACCGAAAACUGUUCCCCUCAUAUUGUAGCUUUUAGAAGAAAAAUCUGUCUUUUUAAAGUGCAGAUAGCUUUUGGUCUUGAUUUUGAGAUCUUUAAGAACCUAGUCUACAUCCUUAAUUAUUACUACACAGCCUACAACGAAAACAAUGAAUCCAUACCUGCCAGAUCCUGCCUGUGUGUGCGCUGGUGAUAUAGAACCCAGAGGGGCAAAUCAGUACAACCAGGUGUGAACGUGGGAGGAUUGUUGGUAAACGUUUAUGUUGCUUGAAGAAAUGUUUGUUUUGAUCUUUUUUUUUUUUAUCUGUUUAUAUUAAUUACACAAAAAAUAAAAAUUGCAACCAGUUCUUUUAAGUCCUA